CAUAUAUAAAGGAGAACAGCAUGAACAUGCUUAUGCUCAACUGCGGAAGCAAAGCUUGCGGACCUGUGGCAUUUAAUUGCAACCUUUACGCAAAGGCGCUCUUCUGGACUGCCUCCUCAAGUGGAUUGCUUUACUAGAAAAGAUUGGAAUAUUUCGUAAAUUAAAAAUAAAUAAAUAAUAAGUAAACGUAUACAACACACAAUAAUUUUACACGUAUUUAUGUGUGUGUGUUUAUAUUAAUCUAAUUAUUUUUGCAGUCUGCACAUUCUGUGUCUUAGUAUAAAAACACCUGUCUUGGAUUUUCAAGAAGCUCCCUAGUGAUGAUUUGAUGAAUUUUUCCUUUUCUUUUUCAUCCCAAUGCCCGUCCUAAUUGCUGUCAUGGAAUCGUUUGGGUCUUCGGUCACCGAGUCUACCGACAUCACCACACCGGACGAUCCGUUCUCGGGUCCCCUCAAGUCUGUUGCGCCCUGGAAUUACACUUUCCUCGCCUGUCUGAUGUUCAUAGUGACUUCACUAUCUAUAACAGAGAACUUCGCCGUUAUGCUUGUGACGUUUAGAUUCAAACAGUUAAGGAAACCGUUGAAUUACAUCAUUGUUAAUUUAUCUGUUGCUGAUUUUCUAGUUUCGCUGACAGGAGGCACUAUAAGUUUUCUAACUAAUGCACGAGGUUUCUUCUUCCUGGGCGUCUGGGCGUGUGUGCUGGAGGGAUUCGCUGUGACUUUUUUCGGAAUUGUGGCUUUGUGGUCUUUAGCAAUCUUGGCAUUUGAGCGUUAUUUUGUGAUCUGUCGUCCUCUGAAAAAUGUCUGGCUGGGAGUCAAGCAUGCAGCUAUGGGUCUUGUUUUCGUUUGGACCUUCUCCUUCAUCUGGACAAUCCCGCCAGUUUUUGGCUGGAACAGUUAUACAGUCAGCAAAAUUGGUACCACCUGUGAACCCAACUGGUACUCAACUGAUUACUACGACCACACCUACAUCAUCACCUUUUUCGUUACGUGUUUUAUCCUUCCUCUUGGUGUGAUCAUUAUCUCCUAUGGCAAACUUAUGCAGAAACUCAGAAAGGUGUCGAACACUCAUGGAAGGCUGGGUAAUGCGCGUAAGCCUGACCGAGAGGUGGCGAGGAUGGUCAUUGUAAUGAUAGUUGCGUUCAUGGUUGGAUGGACACCAUAUGCAGCAUUCUCAAUAACUGUCACAGCCUGUCCCACAAUUCAUAUUGAUCCUCGCCUGGGCUCAAUACCGGCAUUCUUCUCAAAGACUGCAGCUGUGUACAAUCCCAUCAUCUAUGUCUUCAUGAAUAAGCAGUUCAGGAAGUGCCUGAUCCAGAUGUUUAAAGGAAAUGUCACCAAUCUGGACUCCACCAAUCUGAACCUGACAUCAGACAAAGGGGCCAUCACUGCCACAGCAGAGAGUCACCUUGGAGAGAUGUCCACCAUUGCAGCUCGCGUGCCUAUGUCCAUGUGCAACAUGGAGAAGAGUGAGGAUGAAGAGGAAGAGUCAGAGCAAAGCGGGAAUGAAGGUCCAAAGCAGCUCCCUUUAUCGGAUAGUCGAGUGUGUCCUUUGUAGAGAAGGACUAGUCUGUCUGAAUAAAUGUAUACCUUUAAUCUUACCUGUUGUCUAACUAAAGCAUAAAUCCUACAGUUGUUACCUCUAUUGGAAUGCAUAUGUUAGAAUGUAUUGUUUGUGUUUUCACACGUUCCUUGUUUGUUGUUCGUAUUUCUUUAUGUUGUGGCGAUUUGCAGUCUUGGCGUACUGUGUACUUGUCGGUAUUGCGAUAUUACCUUACAUAAACAUGAAGGAGGCAGGCAAUACAUUUCCAUACUGUCCUCUGAACGAACGCUAUUUGUUUUUCUGAUCUGUCUCCUCUCACUACGGUAUAUUUCUGAUUGCACACUAGUACCAGUGGGGAUGUUUUGUUUGUUUGUUUUAAUGGCAACUGAAAUGAAAGAAUAUAGUAUUGCAAUAGCUUUCAGGUCAGAAUACUGACUUUCAUUUUAUGAUCAUUAAUAGUCUACUUAAAAAAGAUAUUGGUUCAAAAACCAAAGGAGAAAGUGAUCCUUCGUUGUUGAGAUAAAUCACAGGAGUCUUAAAGCAAAAACAACACAAACAGCCGAACACCAAAAUUAAAAUUGCUAUUCUUGAAAAUAUAAAAUAAUCACUCAGCUUGUGAUAUUUGCUCCUCCCCCGGCUUCUUCUGGUUGGACCGCUGUUUUAAAACGGACAUUGAUGAGCUGCUCUGUAUCACAAAAUCUAAACCUGACCAAAGACGGUCAUUCUAGUGCAUGUUUACAUAGAAAAAAAACAAAACAAUAAAAGCUCAUCUACACAUCUCAGAAUCUUACACAAACUGCUGUUUGAUACCAUAACAAUUCAUUUAGUGAACUAACGGGUCAAACAGGUUUGGCAGGGUAUCUGCUUUGCAAUAUAGUAAUAAACCAUGCAAUUAACAUCCUCAUCUGACGAUUCAGUUUCUUGUCUAUUGUUGAAUUUGCGGUCUUGUUUUGAAAGGUUUAAUGACGCAAGAGUGUUUAUCAAAUUGUAUGUAUUUAGUAGCCUAUGGUGCACUUUGGUGUAUUAUUGCUUGUGAGUUUGAAUGAACUGUCUGAAUGUCUUAUUAGGCCAUAAUGUUCGUUGUUUGCUCACAAUUUCUGUCCAAACUGAAUAUUGAUAAUUGAUGUUUGUCUGCGGCAUGCCAAGUAAUGUUUUACUUGUGUAUUGUUUUUCAAUGUCUUGGAGUCAUUUAGAUUUGGUGUCAUAUUUCAAUUAAUAUGAUUUUUCACAUUUAUUUUU